AUGUUGGGCCUUCGCUCAUUUGUUCGCCAGACGCCUAGAUGGACGCAGCUCCGAGCUGUGUCCACGCUAGAGGGUCAUUCUCACAUUUACGUAUUCCCCAAGAACGGAACCAACAUCCUCUCCCUCCUACCCACCGAACCCACCAACCCGGACCUCGCCCUCGGCGUAUCCUCCAAGCUCCCACCAACACCCGACUCCUUCAGAGAGAACCCGAAAUUCCUCAACAUCCUGCAAGAAGUGAUCGCGGAGCAUGGAUACAAAGACCCAGAAGCUGUUUCGCAAGCCCAGGUGAUGGUCUCAACAGCAGGCGCUAACCUAAUGUCUGGGGGAGUGCUGAUGGGUGGCGGGCGUACGAGGAGACGCCGCGGCGAAGCCGGGGACUCCAGUGGCGGAGCUAGUGGUCAAGGUGGUGCUGGUUCGGCGGGGAGGGGAGGCUGGAUUCAUCUGUCGGAUGGUAGACGGCCGCCGGAGUAUGGACGGAUUGCUUGGUAUGGUUCCUUUGACUUUGUGUUUGGGGUGUGGCUGACGAGUCUGGAGGUGGAUGCUGAUGGGAAGUUUGUUGGAGGUAAUGGCAAUUAUCAGGCGAGUGGGACUUAUCGGAUUGUGACUCGGGAUGGAAUUUUCGGUCUGAGUCCGUUCCUACGGGAAAAGUUGGUCCAGAGAUUGCGCCAGCAAGAGUCUCAAUAG